AUGGCAACUCCAAACCGCUUCGUUGCGGGGCCGUCCUUCUACAACUACGAUAUGUAUGGCGGGUUACGUCCCGGCGGCCUAGUGCGGUUCUUCUCGUCCGAGUUCGUGGGGCUCGUGGCCGCCACAUUCACGUCCGCGUUCGUCUACAUCGGCGUUCGCUACGGUCUAUUACUCAUGGUCAGCAGCAAGUUGCAGCUCAGUGAGGACCAAACCGAGGCAAUGGACCGAUUGGUGGAGAUCCCAGCUGCUGUGGCCUUCUUCGUGGGGCUCUACGCCGACGCGGUGCCUCUCUGGGGCUCGAGACGCAAGUCCUAUAUGGUCCUGGGCAUGGCUUUCAGUCUGCUGUGCUUGGCUCUCAUUGGCCUUGGCUGUCUCUUCGCAGAGGACUUGGACAGCGCUAUGGGCAACAGCUUCAGCUACAUCAUGAUGCUGCUUAUGGGCGGCGUGAGCUUCGGCUCCAUGAUAAACUUCUGCUCGGUACACACGGCGGUUGUAACGUUGUCCCAACGCGAAAGUCUCGAGAGACGAGGAGUCUUCCAGGCUGACUAUUUGGUCGUAAGAGCAACAGGCCAGAUCUCGGCUAGAUUGCUGGUGUAUUUGAUCCAGAAUGUCGUAGAAAAGGUCGAGAUCUCGCUGAUCUUAUUGGCCUUGAUGCCGUUAUCAGUGACGACGAUCGCUGUGGUGAUAGGAGGCCUUGAUGAGCCGCCAGCAUAUCGGAAAGAAAGCUUGAGAUGCAAGUGUGAGAGCUACUGGAAACUCACUAAGCAGAAGGCGGUAUGGAAGAUCUUGGUGGUGAUUGCGAGCUUCGCCUUCUUCCUUAACUUCGCCUUCCCAUUGGUCACGAGUGCGUUAAGACAAUGGACAGACACGACGGACAGCGCGUCCGCAUUACUCAGUAGCAGCUUGAAUGACUUGGUCAUGAUACUGACAGUGUUGCUGUGGCGAUGGCAGCUUCGUAAUAUGUUGUGGAGGAGACUUUUUGCGUUGGCACCGACAAUGACCAUCACUCCUCAAAUUAUGAUGGCGAUUUUGGUUAUCCCGGCGUUGUAUCGGAGUUCAGCCGUUUAUAUUCUCCUGACUGGAUUAGGAGGAGUGUCUUCGGGCGUCAUGGCGUUGGCUCUGCUCGUUCCAGUCGCUGAGAUCAUCGAGGAAAGCUCGGAAGGAGGCGUCGUUGGACUCGCGCUGUCGUUUAACACCAUCUUCAAGGUCUUCGCUAGCACGCUGCUUACAACUAUCCAGCGAGCGUCGUACUUCCCGUCCAGUGACGAAGAGGACACGACGCACCGCCGCUGGUCUAUCGCCAUCCUCGAGCUCGUCACGUGCUGUGUCAACAGCUUCGCAUUCGCAGUCAUCCCCAUCUUGCCACUGCAGAAGCUGGACGCGCAGCUCGUGCGCAUGUAUGGAGGAUUCACUGACAGCGCCAGCGCGCUCACUGCCGCCGCUUUCCUCACGUCGCUCGCCUACUGCGUCGCGUACAACAUCUACAUCUUCAGCGUUGCCAUCAACUAAGCCAGUCCACGUCGAACACGCUGAGGCUCCACGUCAAGAAGGCGUCCAUUUCCAAUGGCAAUGGCUGCAAUUUGCAGCCUGCAAGUGAUCACUGCAAUUCCAGCGUUCCGUAGACAAGUUUCCAAGCAAAUCCAGGUGGCGUAUGCAUGCUUUUCAAGUUGUUUGUUGCAAUUGACAUGUCACAGUACCCAGUACAAUUAAUAUCUACCAUCACUCUAAGCAUCUCUUCAAGCAGACAUCCUUAUUAAACUAAACAAUCUUCUCGUUUAUUCUUAUUUCCCAUU